GGAAUCGGAGGGGUGGGCUCGGUCGGUGCAGAACGCCUUCGAGUAGCUCCGGUGCGGGCAGCUUCAGAGAGAGGCCGGCGGAGAGGCCUCCAUGUCGGCGUAGGGAGCGUGAGGCGGGGAAGGCGGGGGCUGGCAAAGGCUAGUGGAGUCGGGAUGGAGGGCGGCGGUAUUCGUGACCCGGAGCUGCGCGAGGAGAGGACUCUGGAGCGGGGCAGCGAGAGAACACAAGGGAAUCAGCAGUAGCCUUCCUUGAAGAAUUCCUUUCCCAUUUGCUGUCUGGAGUUAACACUGUUUCCUGCUGCCAGAGUCGGGGAUAUGCCAGCACUAGCGGGAUGAGUGGGUGCUCCGGCGGGGAUGUGGUCGUUGAUGGCCAGUGAAGGCGAGAGCACCACGGCCCAUUUCUUCCUGGGAGCUGGAGAUGAGGGGCUGGGCACCCGUGGAAUAGGCAUGAGGACGGAAGAGAGUGACAGCGAGCUCCUUGAGGACGAGGAGGAUGAAGUGCCUCCUGAACCUCAGAUCAUCGUUGGCAUUUGUGCCAUGACCAAGAAAUCCAAGUCCAAACCAAUGACUCAAAUCCUAGAGCGACUCUGCAGAUUUGACUACCUGACUGUUAUCAUCCUGGGAGAAGAUGUGAUCCUCAAUGAACCUGUGGAAAACUGGCCGUCCUGUCACUGCCUCAUCUCUUUCCACUCCAAAGGCUUUCCUCUGGACAAAGCUGUUGCUUACUCCAAGCUUCGAAACCCCUUUCUUAUCAAUGAUUUGGCCAUGCAGUAUUACAUCCAAGAUAGGAGGGAGGUGUACCGGAUCCUGCAAGAGGAAGGUAUCGAUCUGCCUCGAUAUGCUGUGCUCAAUCGUGACCCUGCCCGGCCUGAGGAGUGUAACCUGAUAGAAGGUGAAGACCAAGUAGAAGUCAAUGGAGCUGUCUUUCCCAAGCCCUUUGUGGAGAAGCCAGUGAGUGCAGAGGACCACAAUGUUUACAUCUACUACCCCAGCUCAGCUGGAGGAGGAAGUCAGCGCCUCUUCCGUAAGAUUGGCAGCCGAAGCAGCGUUUACUCUCCUGAGAGCAGCGUCCGAAAGACAGGGUCGUACAUCUAUGAGGAGUUUAUGCCAACAGAUGGCACAGAUGUCAAGGUAUAUACAGUGGGGCCAGAUUAUGCCCAUGCUGAAGCUAGAAAAUCUCCAGCUUUGGAUGGGAAGGUCGAGCGCGACAGUGAAGGGAAGGAGAUUCGAUACCCAGUCAUGCUGACAGCCAUGGAAAAGCUGGUGGCCAGGAAAGUCUGUGUAGCCUUUAAGCAAACAGUUUGUGGAUUUGACCUUCUUCGUGCCAAUGGUCACUCCUUCGUAUGUGAUGUCAAUGGCUUCAGUUUUGUCAAGAACUCAAUGAAAUACUAUGAUGACUGUGCCAAGAUUUUAGGGAACACCAUAAUGCGGGAGCUUGCCCCACAGUUCCAGAUCCCAUGGUCCAUCCCCACAGAGGCUGAGGACAUUCCCAUUGUCCCUACCACAUCUGGCACUAUGAUGGAACUUCGUUGUGUUAUUGCAAUUAUUCGUCAUGGGGAUCGUACUCCCAAGCAGAAGAUGAAGAUGGAGGUGACACAUCCAAGGUUUUUUACUCUAUUUGAAAAACAUGGUGGAUACAAGACAGGGAAAUUAAAACUCAAGAGACCUGAGCAGCUUCAGGAGGUGCUGGACAUCACAAGGCUGCUGUUAGCUGAACUAGAGCAAGAACCAGGUGGUGAGAUCGAGGAGAAGACUGGAAAGCUAGAACAGCUGAAGUCUGUGUUGGAGAUGUAUGGUCACUUCUCAGGUAUCAACCGGAAGGUGCAGUUGACGUAUUACCCUCAUGGAGUAAAAGCUUCUAAUGAGGGGCAAGAUCCACAGGAGGAGGCUCUGGCCCCAACUUUACUGCUGGUGCUGAAGUGGGGUGGAGAACUGACGCCUGAUGGCCGUGUGCAGGCUGAGGAGCUGGGACGAGCUUUUCGCUGCAUGUACCCUGGAGGACAGGGUGACUAUGCUGGCUUCCCAGGCUGUGGGCUGCUUCGUCUUCACAGCACAUUCCGCCACGACCUCAAGAUCUAUGCCUCGGAUGAAGGCCGUGUCCAGAUGACUGCUGCUGCCUUUGCCAAGGGUCUUUUAGCUCUAGAAGGGGAACUGACUCCUAUUUUGGUACAAAUGGUGAAGAGUGCCAACAUGAAUGGGCUCCUAGACAGCGAUGGUGAUUCCCUGAGCAGCUGCCAGCACCGCGUGAAAGCUCGGCUACACCAUAUUUUGCAGCAGGAUGCAACCUUUGGCCCUGAGGACUAUGAUCAGCUGGCUCCCACUGGAAGCACUUCCCUGAUCAACUCCAUGACCGUCAUCCAGAAUCCUGUGAGGGUCUGUGAUCAGGUAUUUGCCCUGAUUGAAAACCUCACCCACCAGAUCCGGGAACGGAUGCAGGACCCCAAGUCUGUAGACCUGCAGCUGUACCACAGCGAGACACUAGAGCUUAUGCUACAGCGUUGGAGCAAGUUGGAACGUGACUUCCGACAGAAGAGUGGGCGCUAUGAUAUCAGUAAGAUCCCUGACAUCUAUGACUGUGUCAAGUAUGACGUGCAGCACAAUGGGAGCCUGGGACUUCAAGGCACAGCAGAGUUGCUCCGUCUCUCUAAGGCAUUGGCUGAUGUGGUCAUCCCCCAGGAGUACGGGAUCAGUCGGGAGGAGAAACUGGAAAUUGCCGUGGGCUUCUGUCUUCCUCUGUUGCGGAAGAUACUACUUGACCUGCAGAGAACCCACGAGGAUGAGUCUGUCAACAAGCUGCAUCCCCUGUACUCCCGAGGAGUGCUCUCCCCAGGCCGCCACGUUCGAACACGUCUCUAUUUCACCAGUGAGAGCCACGUCCACUCCCUGCUCAGUGUCUUCCGUUACGGGGGACUUCUUGAUGAGACCCAGGAUGCCCAAUGGCAGCGAGCUUUGGCUUAUCUUAGUGCCAUCUCAGAACUCAACUACAUGACUCAGAUUGUCAUCAUGCUUUAUGAAGACAACACUCGGGAUCCCCUGUCAGAGGAACGGUUCCAUGUGGAGCUGCACUUCAGCCCUGGAGUGAAAGGUGUGGAGGAAGAAGGCAGUGCCCCGACUGGCUGUGGCUUCCGUCCUGCCUCUUCUGAGAAUGAGGAAAUGAAAGCAGACCAAGGUAGCAUAGAGAACUUGUGCUCAGGCAAGACACCAGAUGAGCCGGACCGGGCAUCGCAGAUUUCACCGCAGCCUCCCGAGGGCCCUGGCCUCCCGAGGAGAUCGCCCCUCACUCGUAACCGAAAAGCCGGCUCCAUGGAGGUCAUGAACAUGCAGUGCACAGGGAACCUGGACCUCAUCCCCUUGCGGGGACGGCGCCGCCGGAGGUCAGGAGACCUCCCCCGGUCUUCCCCAGCCAUCGGCCUUCAGCCCCGGGCUGUGUCCACCACUCACCUGGCGUCCUGCACACAGGUGCUUUCUGAGACUUCAUCCUCCAGGCCUGGUGGCUAUCGGCUCUUCUCAUCCUCACGGCCACCAACAGAGAUGAAGCAGAGUGGCCUAGGCUCACAGUGCACAGGGCUGUUCAGCACCACAGUGCUGGGUGGCUCCUCCAGCGCACCGAAUCUUCAGGACUACGCCCGCAGCCAUGGCAAAAAGCUACCACCUGCCAGUUUGAAACACCGAGAUGAGCUCUUGUUUGUCCCGGCCGUAAAACGAUUUUCUGUGUCGUUUGCAAAGCAUCCGACUAACGAGCUGCUGGAUGACCAGCACCCUGUGGUCCGGUUGCUGCGCAGUUUUUCCUCUGAUUGCCCAGGGGGCCGGCCAGUCUCCUUGGAUGCCACGCUGGCGCAUCAUCUGCACCAGUGCUCCUACCACCUGCGCCUCUUCCGGAACUGGCUGCGCUCAGGCCAGGAUGACCCCGAGUGCCUCUACGGAUUUGAAGGAUGCUCCAUGGUACCUACCAUCUACCCCCUGGAAACACUGCAUAAUGCCCUUUCCCUGCGUCAAGUGAGUGAAUUUUUGAGUAGAGUCUGCCAGCGCCACACUGAUGCCCAGGCACAGGUAUCUGCAGCCCUGUUUGACUCUAUGCACAGCAACCAGGCCUCAGAUGGCCCAUUUUUGCCACCCCGUACUCUUCAUUCACCUCCCCUGCAGCUCCGGCAGCGCUCUGAGAAGCCCCCUUGGUACAGUAGUGGCCCUUCCAGCACAGUGUCCAGUGCUGGCCCUUCCUCUCCUACUACAGUGGAUGCCAACUCCCACUUUGCCUUCAGUGAUCAGCCCUCCCUGAAUUCACAUGUGACUGAAGACUAUCAAGGCCUUGGACUGCUUGUUCCUGGGAAUGGAGCACAAGAGCUCCCCACAGAAGGAGAGCGAAAGCUUUGUGAUCCAAACCAGUCCCUACAGGAGGUCCAUGUGGAGACCAACCAGCCAUGCCAGGUGGUUGCUGAGGAAGCCAGCCAGCCAUGCCAGGAGAUCUAUGACAUCAUCCAGCCAUGCCAGGAGGACCAUAACAAUGUUAACCAGACAUGCCAGCCAUGCCAUAAGGCCAACCAGCUGUGCCAGAAAGUCCCUGAGGAAGUUUGCCAGCCUUGCUGGGAGAACCCUGAGGGGGUCAGCCAGCUAUGCCAGGGGUUUCCUGCAGAGCUUGGCAGUAUGGUCCAUGGGUUCCCUACAGAAGCUGGGGGUCUGGUCCAGGAAAUCCUUGUGGAAGUUGACAGGCCAGCCCAGGAAAUCCCCAAGGAGUUUAACCAGUCAUGCCAGGAGUUCUCUGUGGAGGUUAGCACGCUGGCCCAGGAGACUUCUGUCAUCAGUCUGUUGUCUCAGGACAUCCUUGAAGUUGAUAAACCAUCCCAUGAGUUCCCUGGGGAGGUUGAUCUGCAGGCCCAGGAGGUCCCUGAAGAGGUUAGUCAGCAGUCCUGGGUGAUCCCCGAGGUACUUGACCAGCUGCCUGGGGAGGGUGCUCCUUUAGCCCAUUAUCGAUCUACUGACCCGAACCCUCAAAGCCAGUCUCAAGCCCAUGAUCAGCACUCACCAGCAACAGGUAAUUAAUCACUUUCCCAUUAGUGGUGUCACACUAUACCAGCCAUUUGAGCCAGCAGCCUUUUCUGAUGGCUAACUCACUGUCCAGCAGGAGGCCAUGGCUCUCACCAGCGGUGUCUGAGGAAGCAGUCCUCUUAGCAUGAGGCAUAUCUGUCUCAAAGUUGUGCUUGUGGAGAAGCCAACUUUGCAUUCAAAGUAGCCAUUAGCUCUUCGCCUAGCUGUUGGACUUGAAUAGGAUUUCCUUGGGGUGGGCUGAUCUAUCAUUACCCAACCUACUUUAAGCACUGAAGGAAAUCCCACACUGUUGAAAGGAAAUGCCACUUACCUGCUGAAGAGACACCAUUUAGCAGAAGGCACAGCAAAUGUAAAAGAGGGAACUCCAGGGUCUUCACUAUCUGGGAAAAUAGUCACUACUUCUCAAGGUAUCCUUAGACCAUCUGUGCAGUCUGGGGAUCUCUUGUCUUUGUUAGCUCUCCUCAGGUGGACCCAGGAUGGCCAUCUGAAUUGUCUGGAAAAUAGAGUCUCCUUCCCAAACAUCUACCAUGGCCACUAAUCUUUAGACUGUGUUUCUGGGUGGUUCAGUAUCACCCCCAAGUGUACCCACUGCCCUUGUCCUUUUUCUCUGGACAAUAGCUCUAGGGAAAAGUAGGUAUUAGAUUGCUGUGCAAAUUUCAGAGCAGCUACUUAAAAUGCUCUAGGGGAUUCUUGGCCAAUCUGUGAAGUUGGGCCUCCUUUUGUUUCAGGGCUGUUUGGCUUUGGAGAAAAUGUAGUAGAGAGAAUCAGGUUCUAUUUUAAGCAAUCAGCAGAGAUCAAUAUUGUACAGACAUGAGCAAAGAUUUAAUAUAUAUAUAGAUAUAUAUAUUUCUUUAGUUGUGCCAGGGACAGACUGGCCAAAGACCAAACACUCCAAGGUCCCCACAAAGUUUGUCCCUACAUUAUGUGUCUUUAGGACCAGAUGUGAUUAUGAAGCUUUUUCCAAAGAUAUGGGGAUGGGCAGGAGGAAUUAUGCAGUCAUUAGAGUUGGGGGCUGGAACAUUAUGAGCGCUCAAUAAAUACAAAGUUAUGAAAA